AUGUCAAGUAAUGCUGAUAAGCUCAAUGAUCCACUUCAUGGGAUCUACAUCCCCAUUGGACUAUUGGUGGUCGGAUUGGCUAUAACAUGCUAUACUGUCGAUGACUACAAGUUUUUUUGGAUCUUGCCGUUUGCUGCUAUCAUUGUUGCCAUUAGAUUCACGGCAGCUUUCAAAAGAAGACGUUCUGUCUUUCCAGAUCGCUGGUCUUCGCUGGAAUUGGAAGAUCAGACGUUGAUCUCCAAAAACACUGCAAUUUACCGCUUCAAGAUGAAAACGUCUCUUGAAAGCUUGAACUUUCCAGUCGGUCACCAUCUUGCUGUCAAGGCCAACAUCGAUGGCAAAGAAUACGUGAGAUAUUACACGCCAGUCUCCCCAAAGUACGAAGCUGGAUAUUUUGAUAUCAUUGUUAAGUCAUAUGGAAAUGGUAACGUUUCCAAAUACUUCGCUGGUCUCAAACCAGGCAGCACAGUUGACUUCAAAGGUCCCGUAGGAAGGUUCAACUACGCCACCAACUCUUACAAACAUUUGGCCAUGGUCGCGGGUGGAAGUGGUAUUACACCAAUGUUGCAGGUACUCAAUGAAGUCAUCACCAACCCUGAAGAUGCCACCAAAAUUUCUUUGAUUUACGCCAACGAAACUGAAAACGACAUCCUUCUCAAGGACGAACUUGACGAAAUUGCCGAAAAAUAUCCCAAUUUCACUGUUAACUACGUUUUGCGUACGCCAUCUGAAAAAUGGACUGGCGAGACGGGCUACGUUACCAAGGAACAUAUGCAGAAAUUCUUGCCUCAAUGCUCUGAAGACAGCAGGCUACUAAUAAGUGGCAAGCCAGAAAUGGUGAGAAUGCUUUUGGGUUAUGCCGAAGAUCUCGGCUGGCCUAAGGGGAUCGAGAAAUCGAAAGGAGACGAUCAGGUCUUUGCUUUUUAG